GUACGACAAUCUAGCAAGGUUGGGUAUCUCGUGCUCCUUCUGCGGUACUCGGCUCAGGCCACAACACGCGGGGCGCCACGUGAAGAAGUGAGGCAGUGAAGAAUCUGAGCUGUGAAGUCUUCAGGGGUCACAUCAUUGGCUUCUAUCCCUGACCACUUGGUAAUAGGCGUACCGAACAGAGAUGCCGGGCCCACAGCGGAGGAAGAGGUACCACCGCGGCGACACGCACCUGAAGAAGCGGUGGAGGACCAAGAGGCGCAAAAGGGACAUGGACCAGAUUGAUGAUGACCUAAAAGAAGAGAACGCUUCCAAGCUGCUGCACCAGGAACUGGACGAGGACAAGCCCGGCGGAGGACAGCACUACUGCCUCCACUGUGCGCGAUACUUCAUUGACAAAGAUGCACUCAAAGGCCACUUCAGGACGAAAGUUCACAAGCGGCGACUGAAGGCUUUGGAGAUGGAGCCUUACACCAUUGAGGAGUCCCAGAGGGCGGCGGGGAUAGGCUCGUACGUUCCCCCUAAGAAGCGCAAGAUGGAGACCCAGCCAGUGGACGAUGGAACCUUCCACCCAGAGCAGGAGGACGUGGAUAUGAAGCAGCAGGACACAGACAAAUAGAAUGGGAGAAGGAGAGGAGGGAAAGAUUAACAAUAUCAUUUAUCAGUUAUCUUAUAAGGUAUGUGUAUCGGUUAUACUUUAUAAAUAAAAAUGUUGCUGAGAA